GUCCCUUGUUAAGCUGGCAACGUCUAGUUAAGAUGUUUGUCUUAGCAACCAUGUGCUUCCGGGUUUCAAUCUCAUGAGACGGCAUCUUGUAAAAGCGUAAUCUCACAACAGCUUUGGGUCGGCCUAUCGACUUGUGACUAGAUUUUCCCCUCGGUCGAGCAUCUAGACUUGACUGGGUACGUUCCAGUUGUGGUCAACACAUCUGUUUUGUACAUUGGGGACUGAUUUUCCACUCAGCAGGUGGUGUUGUGUGACCUCAGAUUCAUCUUUAAGUCUAAACUACGUCCUGUCGCAAACUGCUUGACAUUUGAAGACAUCGACGAUACAAUGGCUACAAGUUCCGCAGACAAACUUUUUAAGCCAGUGUACAAGAAUGGCGUUUAUGAUAACCCUUUUCCGACAUGGAGGAACAUCAGUUACUUGGAUGUUAUCAAGUGGCUUGUAAUAACCAAGGAUAAUAGCAAUAUACCCAACAAAGAGGUCCUUGACCAGACUCUGCCUGUUAUCACUCCUGAUCUCCAAGAACUUGCUGAUCCACCAAAAGAAGGUAUUCGCUACAUGUGGCUUGGACAUGCAACCACACUGGUGCAAUUAGAUGGGGUUACCAUACUCACUGACCCGGUCUUCAGCGAUCGGUGUUCAUUCGUUCAGUUUGUGGGGCCAAAGCGCUUUCGUCCCUUGCCCCUGAGGGUAAAAGACCUGCCUCGAGUGGACGUCGUCCUCAUCAGCCACAAUCACUAUGACCACCUCGACUACGGCUCUGUCGUGGCCCUGCGUGAAAAGUUUGGUGCGAAGCUCACCUGGUUUGUGCCGGCUGGCAACGGCAAGUGGAUGCGGGAAAACGGGGGCUGCAAGAACAUCAGAGAGCUGAGCUGGUGGGAGAGCUCAGAGGUGCCGGACCACCCGGAGGUGCGCAUCGUGUGUACCCCAUGUCAGCAUUGGAGUAGGAGGGGAGUCAACGACACCAACAAGGCCCUGUGGAGCAGCUGGAGUGUGCUGGGACCAACCCAGAAGUACUUCUUUACAGGGGACACAGGCUACUGUGCAGCAUUCAAGCAAAUUGGGGCAGAAUAUGGUCCCUUUUCUCUUGCUGCUAUCCCUAUAGGCUCCUUUGAACCAAGGUGGAUGAUGAGGCCCCAACAUGUUGAUCCUGGUGAAGCUGUGUUGAUACACCAAGAUAUUCAAUCAAAACAAUCAUUUGGUAUCCACUGGGGCACUUUCAAGUUGGCUAACGAGUUCUACUUGGCACCAAAGAAGAAGCUGAAAUCAGAACUGGAAUCAAAGAAGGUUUCUGAGACUGAGUUUUUCACUGUGAAGCAUGGAGAGAUACGUUACGUGACAGCAGAACCUUAGGAAGACAGCGACCUAAAGGUCAUAUAUAUAUAUAUAUAUAUAUAUAUAUAUAUAUACACUAUAAGGACUUCUGAGGGAGACAGGGGUCAAAGGUCAUACGCACUCUGUUAUGACUUUUCCGACAGAAAAAAGGUCGGUCCUUUACAUUACAGGAUUGUGUUUCAGGGAGGCAGGAGUCAAAGGUCAUAUAUAUGGCUUCUUGGGAAGGAAGGGGUUAAAAGUCACAUGUACUAUGGGGUCAGAGGUCAUUUACACUUUAUGAAGGCUUCAUGAGAAGACAGGGCUCAGAAGUCAUGUAUACUACAUGGGAACACAUGCAUAUGAGUCUGUGUGUACAUGUGAGUCUGCAUGCAUGUGACUGUGCGUGCUUGUGAGUCUUUGUACAUGUGACUCUGUGCAUGCUUGUGAGUUUGCAUGUAUGUGAGUCUGUGUGUGUGUGUGUAUGAGUGUGGAGGAAUAUAUGUGUAUUCGUAUGUGUAUAUGAGCAUAUGUACAUAGGUGUGUGUAUGUAUAAUACAUUACUGUUUGUAUUUAUAUGUAAGGACAACCAAACAUAGUUGAAGAAUUGCCCUGUAUAUUGAAGUAAAAUAUCACAUAAAGAGAAAAGUUGACAGUGACUUCAAAGUAUUCUCUCAGUUACUUUUAUUGAACUGUCUAGUAAAGACAACUAGCUUUGAAACUUUGAAGUCCCUGUCAAUCUUUCAAAUUAAAAAAAAUAAUAAUGUAUAUAUAAUAAUAUGUAAUAUAUAAUAAUAUAUAUAUAUAUAUAUAUAUAUAUAUUAGCAUAUAUAAUAUAUAUAAUAAUAAUAUAUAAUAUACUAUGAUAUAUAUAUAGUGAUAUAUAAUUUAUAUAUAAAUAAUAUAUAUAAUAAUAAAUAAUAACAAAAUAAUAUUUAAUGAUAUAUAAAUAACAUAUAUAAUAUAUGACAUAACAUGUACAUGUAGGUAUAUAUAUAUAUGUGUGUGUGUGUGUGUAUAUAUACCAGCGUAAUAUAUAAUGAUACAUAUAUAUAUAAUAUAAUUUAUAUAUAAUAACAUAAUAAUAUUUAUAUAUAAUAACAUAAUAAUAUUUAUAAAUAACAUAUAUAAUAAUAUUUAAUAAUAUGUAAUAAUAUAUAUAAUAAUAUAUGAUAUAUAACAUGUACACGUAGGUGUGUAUAUAUAUAUGUGUGUGUAUAUACAGCGGAGUAAGCACAUAAAUGUGCAACAAGGUGUAAAAAAGAGUACUCAAUUACCAGAGGUAGAGUAAUAUGCUUUAUUUAAAAGCAGCAGAAAUAUAACAAAAAGCUUUUGUUGUAUAUUUCUGCUGCUUUUAAAUAAAGCAUGUGUGUGUGUGUCUAUGUAUAUAUAUAUAUAUAU